AUGGAAGCUUACUUGGAACAUCAUCACUUGGUAUUGCAAGACUCGACCGACUCAAUUCGAGGUCGAUACAUCACAUCCAAUGCACAUUUGCCAAAGGGCACAGAAAUCAUCACUUCGCAGCCCCUGGGAACCGUUGCUUUGCCGCAAGCCUUGAAUGAGUUUUGUAAUUAUUGCUUUCGAAAGCAAACAUCGCCUCCACUGCAACGAUGCUCACAGUGCAAAAAGGCCUACUUUUGCGACAUGGCUUGCUUCAAAAAUGCUUGGCUCAGUUACCAUCAAUAUGUGUGCAAAGCAAACGUCACCAGUCGCGACGCUGAAGAUGACAUGGACCUAGAAAUGUUGGAACGAGUGGCAUUGAAUAUUGCAAGAUAUAGAAAGAGACAAGAGCAGGCGGCAGCGUAUCAGUCAUCAGCGACGGGCGACGGAUCAGAAGAAACGGUGGAGAUCACAAUGCAGGCCUUUUUCAGUCUUGUGGGCCAUGACCACUUGCAGCAACGCCAUGUGAAGGAGAAAUAUACAUUGUUGGCCUCGGAAGCACUCAAAAAACCGUUUAUCCAGCAAACAGGGCUGACGUUGGAUCAACUUGUGCACUACCUCAACGUAUUCAAAUCAAACAACUUUGCCAUCAACGACACCGACAUGUUUGCUAUUGGAGAAGGCACCUAUCCAAUCGCCGCCCUGUUCAAUCAUUCAUGUAGACCCAAUGCUGUGGUCAUGUUCGAGGGUGCUCUUGCUUCCAUCCAUGCCAUUGAGGAUAUCGAACCCGGUGCCGAGAUUACGAUAGCCUACGUUGAUGCUGCUCACUCGAGAAAGUAUCGCCAAAAGUCGUUGCAAGACAAAUACUUUUUUCAAUGUACAUGUGAACGAUGCUGUGCAGGCGAGGCACGACCUUAUUUGAGCUUGAUUGAUACAUUGCUGGGCGAUGAGGAAUCAGAUUGGGAUCGUGCACAACAGCUAUUAGCGCAACACCAAAAGAUAAACAGUAACGAUACGGCAACAGCCAUGGACAAGAGUGCUCGCAUUUUACAAGAAGUGGAAGAAUGGGACCUGUUGGAGAUGUGCAAAGAGUACGACAGAAAGAGCGAUGGCUGUCCUGAUCCAACAAAGCCUUUGACCAUGGCCAAUUACACACACUACUUUAUUCAAUUCUUUGCACCGUAUUUGUUGACUUGGAACCAGCCUGAAUUGCACCAGCAACAAGUGGGACUCACACUCAAGACAUCGUUGACAGACUUUGAUGAUCCACUGCCUGCGUUUGCAAGACCUCCCGUUCAGUCCACCUACGACGAGAUCAUGAAGACGGCCAUUGACAAAAUGUUGUCGUAUCCCACCCAGAGCGGCACCAUCAUCCCUUAUCGUCUCGAUACAUUAUCCGUUUGCAGCCGUUUAUUCUACGACGAAAUGGCUGAAGGACACUGGCAGAAUGCUGUCAAAUUGGGCAUGUACGUCUUGAUCCAGUACUGCUUGAUCUAUCCCCCUUACCAUCCCAUGCUGGCGCAACAUUUCCUGGUCCUUGCAAAGGCAUGCUGGAACUCGAUCAUCCAGUCUGAGCUGAUUGGAGACAAUGUGAAAUUAGAAAAAGUCUAUGAAAGAGGUGUUCGACGAUGGAUCAUGUCCUCCAAAGAGACCGUCGCUGUGGCCUUUGGUAAACAUGGCAAAUUAUGGCGAGAAGUGCUUGAACUGGAGUGGAUCUUUUUGAGAGAGCAAAAGUUAAAGUAA